AUGCGUACCUACGACGAUACCUUCAGUGCCACCAAAAUCUACCCGGGCAAGGGCAAGCUCUACGUCCGUGGUGACAGCAAAGUCUUCCGAUUCCAGAAUGGCAAGACCGAAUCCCUUUUCCUUCAACGCAAGAACCCGCGAAGAAUAGCCUGGACCAUGCUCUACCGAAGACAACACAAGAAGGGUAUUUCAGAGGAAGUCGCGAAGAAACGAACCCGCCGCACUGUGAAACACCAACGAGCCAUCGUCGGCGCAUCUCUCGACGUGAUCAAGGAGCGACGGUCCCAGCGCCCCGAAGCCCGCGCGGCCGCCCGCCAAGCUGCGAUCAAGGAAGGCAAGGAGAAGAAAGCAGCCAGCGAAAGCAAGAAGAAGGCCGAGAAGGCGAAGAACGCUGCCUCUGCUGCCAGAGGCCAGGUCCGUGGUGGUAUCGCGAGCAAGCAGCAGGCAAAGGGCGCGCCGAGCAAGGUGCAGGCCAAGAGCAGAUAA